CAAAAGGAAUUGGGCCAAAACUUCAAAUCCCUAACGAAAUGGCGACUGCAGCUGCCGCAGCUCGAUCUGUUUUCCGAUCAACUUCUCUCCGUAAGGCGGCGGCGAGGGUAGCCUCCCAACCCAAAGCUGCUCCCUCUCCUUUUCGCAUCCCUAGUCGGAAUUCUCUAUCCCAUCGCAUUUUCCGUUGUCCAGUAGAAAUGAGUGCUUGUUUGGAAUCGAUGCAACCUUUCCACAAUGUAACUGCUUCGGCCUUGAUGACAUCCAUGCUUACCCUUUCUCAAAAUGGUUAUGGCUGGUUGCCCGAAGGUAUCUAGCGAAGCGUCAUAGGUCUCCCCUUGAUGUUCUUUCCAUCGUGAGUUCCGGGCGUUGACAAGACUAGAUGAAGAUCAACAAGCAAAGAUGGAUGCCUUGGAUUUGUCUAUGUUGUGAAGCUUUUCUUUGAAUAGGGAACAUUUAGGUCCAUGAGUUAUAUUUCUUAAUCAAUAAUGAAAUAUAAAAACUUAUGAACCCAACAAUUCUACCUGGCCAUUAUGGUUUGAUAUUUUGAAUUUUAUGAUACGGGUGACAUGGAUUUUUAUUGUUCG